AUGAGUGGCAACGCCGCUAACGGUGCCGCAGGACGCGGUAGGCAACCUGGAGUACAAAAUAAUAACAAUUUAGAUCAGUUGACUGAGUAUAGACGUAGCAUUGGCUCAAAUACCAGCAACACUCGCUCGAAUAGUCCUACCUCAUCUCAGAUACCUCGAGUUCAAAGAUCUGCCGCGGUAGCUUGUAACGAAAGGUUACAUGACACUUUUCACAGACGUAGGAAUAAUAAUUCUGACUCGGUGAGAAAUCUGGCGGACUCGGGGCAAGUACAGUCGCAGAUUGACGCAGAUCAAGCGAGUUUGGACAUGGAGCAAGCUCUGUCCAACCUUGUCGUAUCUGGCAACUCAAACACAGGUGCUCAAAACCAGCAGAGUACCGGCGAUGUACAAACGAUGGGCUUUAGACGAGUAGAAAGCUCAAAUUCGGUCAACAACACGUCGAUUAGUCAUGGUCAGGCUGACACCCAGGUGACAGUCUGCCAACCAAACCUAAAUGUGUCGACAAGCAGUCGCUUGUCAAAUGGUCAAACCAGUCGUGCACCUAGUGCACUCGAUCAUAUGAUUGGUGACCCAAGGUCUAUUUUAUUCACAGAUGGCUCAAGAACGAACCCUGAGCCAAAUAAUAGACCAAUUGUCGAAGAUGACUCUGACUCAGAUUUGGAAGCUGAGGUGAUACGCGAAAUUUCGCAACGCUCACGUGAGCUGGGAAUUGACAAUUCGAGAGUCAUUCCACAGCGAAUCAAUACCGAAGAGGUGCCAAUUGGCAACCUUCCAGCGUUUCGUAAUUUGAGGGAAGCUGACCCUCCCCCUGCUUAUGUUAGAGAUGAACCUCCUCCCCCCUAUUCGGUGGGACCCCCUCCUAUGUAUACACAGACGAAUACCCAAGCUGUCGCAGGUGUAAAUGUCAACACACGCGUGGCGCCGAGUGCCACAAAUGCACAACAGCGCGAAUGGCGUACAUAUGACUUUAGGCCUGUGCAACAGUCAGUUGAGUACCAACUGGUUCGUGUGCAAAAUAGACAGCCGAAUGGGUCGCUAGAGGCUUAUGUUGACGAAAGUAUUCCUUCGUUUCGUGACAACUGCGAGUUGAUCAGUAACAGGGUUGAAAAUGUCGAAGCAUAUUUGUCUCAGACGCGUGGCGACCUGGGAGAUGUUCAUAAUACGUUGAACCAAGUGACUCAACAACAGCUGAGUGCUUUAAGAGAGGUCGGUCAAACAUGGAGGACUCGUCAUGACCAGUUGAGGGAUCAGCUGACCACUGCUCAGGGUAAUCAUGGCGAAAAUUUGACUCAGACGAUGAAUAAUGUCGCUAACCUCGCAAAUGAGCUUAAAGCUGAGCGAGAGGCGAGAAUCAGAGAAGCUGGACUUAUGCAAGUCAUGAACCAGCGAAUAGUUGACUUAGAAAAUAGGCUCGCGCGCCUUACGCGGAAUGACGAAGAGAGAUCACGUUCUCAACCGCGUACUCAUGCAAGUAACAUGAGCAAUAUUCCAGAGAACAUCGCGCAGCCACCCGAUGCCCGCCAAUUUGGUAUGACCCAGUUGACCAAAUGCUAG